AUGGCAGAUCCAGAUGAUCUGCCUCCCAUUCCGCAAAGACCACAACCCGCAAACCCUCUUCAAGAAUGGGCUCGGUGGAGGCCUGAUGAUCGAAUAUCGCCAGAGGAGCUGAGUUACUUGCGACUGGGACAUCAAACAUACUAUUACAUACGCCACAAGAAGGAAUACUGGAUUCGUUGCGCCCGAAGUUAUGCUGUCGGCUGUGACGUGCUCCCUCUUGAGACUCGGACUGAGCUUUACAGUAUCCCUUGCCCUGACUGCACACGAGACCACGCUUCUGCCAUGUCCGCCCGUCCUUUUCAAACACAUAUCGAAGAGCCAGACGCCGACAAAGAUGUUGAUAAUCUGGAAUUAAUCUACGCUGGUUAUUUGUCGGAAACAUUAAACCACACGCGCGCUUUCUUCAUGCAUGAGCUUGAUUUGGAACCCCUCGACGAACUGUCUGCCAUGAACUACGUCCACGGUUUGAACUGUACUGAAAACCCAUACCAUAUUAGACGGCAGCAUCCCGAUCGAAACAACUUCCCCGAAGAGUGCCUGGAAGACUGUGCUUGCACCGCUGACCCUGGAGCUCACAACCUUUCUCGUGCGGCCCGUAAUCAGGAAGCUAUGCGUGUGAGAGACAAGAGAGCCUAUGGAUGGUUCGAAUUCAUUCAAAAAGACAAACAUUUGGACAAUUAUAAAACCCGAAAUUUUGUACAAAUUCCCAAUCAGUUGGCAAUCAACUUGGACGAGGAAUCAUCGGAAAAACAUGAUCGGAUGGUAGAACGCGUUGGCCAGCAGGUCAUGUCCCUCUGCCUCCUCGACCACAAUCCGGACCUUGAGACCGAAUGGACUGCUCGCUAUGACGACUUGGAGGAAUGGCAAGAGAGGUCUGGCCUUAGAUAUAACAGGGAAAAAUAUGCUGCCGCCGAUCCUGGCAUUACAAUGAGCUUCGCAGACGGGCUCAUGUCAUGCAUACUAACUAUGCUUGCACCGGGACUUGACGAAACGGAUCCUAGUGUCCAGCACUUCUUCUGCAAUUUUCCCGGCUACGAAGACUUCGCCAAAAUGACCGCUAUGUGUGACCAACUCACAACUGGAAAUAUUAUCAGAAGAAACAAGUGGAACUACAGACAGACGUGUAUGGAUCAACAAGAUGAGCUUCUCAACACGAUGAGGCGUAACCGCAACAUAUCUUUCCGGAAUAUCGUCAACAAGCAAAGGGUCGCAGAGGCAGUCGCCCAAAGGUUCAGGACUCCUGGCUCAACCCUCCUUGACACCGACGAAGUGCGAGACUGUGUCAUCUGCAGCGACCCUUUCGACACGUCAGGGGAUAAAUUGGUUCCUGAGCACCUCGCCAUCGUUCAACUUCCUUGCUGCGUCAAGUUCAUCCACACGCGAUGCUUCAAAGGAGUGACCACUGGCAAGAAACAGGCAUGCCCGUUCUGCAACGCCAAUCUCGAAACAAUAGGCAUGAACCCAGGCGACGGGACCGAGUUUUUGUCAUUUUCAUUACGUCACGCAGAGCUCCCACCUGGGCUACACCGUUUUUCAACAGGCAUAGAGAAGACCAUUGCAUCAUUCAUUGAUCCAAAAGGCAUCGCUUUACUGAAAAAGCUGAACAAGGUCAUCGAAGACGAGGAGGGUAUGCCCAGGGGUACUCUUGGUGCAGUGUACAGGGACUGGCCUAUGAAUGCGUAUUAA